GAGCAGCGGAUGAUUGGUCAGGAAAAAAAAGCCGUGGCCGCCUUGGUUCAUUGGAGACGAACGAGACCAGCGGCUGUUCAUAGCGGAAGUAACGGCGUGGGCGUGGGCAGUCACAGGGUCCCAUCCUCGAGACUUAUCUACGCUUUUUCUGGAAAGAGAAAAAAACGUUGUAAAUUUUUUUGAGCUGUCCAGUCUCAGUCUCCAUAGUCGUCUUACUUCCCCUGAACCCCCCCAUCCCUCCCCUCACUUUCUCUCUCUCUGUUUUUUCUUCUUUGCAGAUAGGCAUUCUCUGAGGAUUUCAUUUCCGUAGAUGGUAAUGGAUCCGCAUCUAAGAAGGUUCCCCGGUUUCACCAAUGGAAUCCAGCUGGGUAAUCAGUACCUACCGGUUCUUGCGGAUCAGGGUUUAGUUGGCGGACCCAGACCCAGAUUUCAAGACGCCUCUGUGGAUUGCACUUUCAGGGGAAUUCAAUUUCUUCCGCCGCCUAAUCCACCACCGAGUUGUGCAAGCACAAGCACAGUCCCUAGUGUGAGCCCUGAGGAGGAUUCUCAGGAGGAUUGCGAUUUUUCUGAUGCAGUUUUGGGGUACAUAAACAAGAUUCUCAUGGAAGAAGACUUGGAUGAUAAGACUUGUAUGCUGCAGGAGUCUUUGGAGCUUCAAGCUGCCGAGAAAUCCUUCUAUGAGGUGAUUGGGAAAAGAUACCCACCUUCGCCUGAUCAAAACCACUUCUAUGUUGAUCAAGGUGGUGAGAGGCCAGAUGAUAAUUUCGUUGGAAAUUACACUAGUUAUGUCAGUAGUAGCUUUUUAGUCGGUCCCAACUUUCGGGGUGAAGGCGAAUUUAAUCCGUGCCAAGUACAAAGUCUACAAUUUGAAGGCACAAAUGGAUCCUCUAAUUCAUCUUUUAGCUCUUUAAAUAGCGCCAGUGGUGUUGUAGAUGGAUUGCUGGAAUCUCCAAUUAGCACUCUUCAGGUCCCGGAUUUGUAUAGUGAGAACCAGUUAGCUUUGCAGUUCAGGAAGGGAGUCGAGGAAGCUAGUAAAUUCCUCCCAAACAGUGAGGACUUGAGUGUUAAUUUGAAUGUCAAUGGGUUUGUGCAUCAGGAACUGAAGGAGUGGAUUGAGGUGACUGUGAAGGCUGAGAAAAAGGAGUGGGGGGAGUGCUCACCAAAUGGGUCUAAGGGGAGGAAGAAUCCUCACAGAGAGGAUUUUGGUCUAGAAGAUGAGAGGAGUAGCAAACAGCCAGCAGUUUGUACCGAUUCCCCCUUGCGGUCUGAGAUGUUUGAUUUGGUGUUGCUUUGCAAUGGAGGGAAAUCCUUGAUGGAUCUCAGAGAAUCCCUGCAAAAUGGAACGAACAAAACAGUGCAGCAGAAUAUCCCAUCAAAGUUAUCCAAGUCUGGAAAGGGCAGAGGAAAGAAACCAAGAGACAAGAAGGAAGUGGUGGACCUGAGAACUCUACUGAUUCAUUGUGCACAAGCGGUUGCAGCAGAUGAUUGCAAAAGUGCGAAUGAACUACUAAAGCAGAUUAAGCAACACGCUUCUCCUUUUGGCGAUGGGAAUCAGAGAUUGGCCCAUUGCUUUGCCAAUGGGCUCGAGGCACGCAUAGCUGGUACUGGUAGCCAGAUUCAUAGAGCCAUUGUUAGUAAGAGAACAUCUGCUGCAGAUAUCUUGAAAGCUUAUCAUUUAUAUUGUGCUGUUUGCCCAUUUCGGAAGCUCUCAAAUCUUUUCUCAAGCAGAACGAUCAUUAAUGCAGCAGUGAAUUAUAUGCGAGUACAUGUCAUAGAUUUUGGGAUCCACUAUGGCUUCCAGUGGCCCACCUUCUUCCAACGUUUGUCAGAAAGACCCGGCGGACCCCCAAAAGUUAGGAUAACCGGGAUAGAUUUUCCCCGGCCUGGCUUCCGACCAGCAGAGCGAAUUGAGGAGACAGGGCGUCGCUUAGCAACUUAUGCUGAGAGCUUUAAUGUGCAAUUCGAGUACCAUGCCAUAGCAAAAAGAUGGGAUAUCAUUUCACUUGAGGAGCUCAAAAUCAAGAGGGAUGAACUGCUCGUUGUCAAUUGUUUGUAUCGGUUUCAGAACUUGCUUGAUGAGUCGGUGACUGCGGAGAGUCCGAGGAACAUGGUUCUUAACUUGAUAAGGAAGAUUAGUCCUGAUAUUUUCAUUCACGGGGUUCUUAAUGGUGCCUUCAAUGCUCCCUUCUUUGUUACACGGUUUCGCGAGGCUCUUUUUCACUUCUCUGCGCUGUUUGAUAUGCUUGAAGCUAAUGUGCCUCGCGAGGACUGGGAGAGGAUACUGAUUGAGAGAGAGAUUUUUGGGAAGGAAGCCUUGAAUGUUAUAGCUUGUGAGGGGUGGGAGAGAGUUGAGAGGCCAGAGACCUACAAGCAGUCACAACUCCGUAAUCUGAGAGCUGGGUUUGUGCAGCGCCCUCUGGACAGGGAAGUCAUGCGAAGAGCAGAAAUGAGGUUGAGGUCAAUUUACCAUAAGGAUUUUUCAAUUGAUGAAGAUAGCCAGUGGAUGUUGCAGGGAUGGAAGGGGCGAAUCGUUUAUGCCCUUUCGUCUUGGAAACCUGCAUAGGAAACCUGAAAAAUAAGCAUAUGUUGUUAGUACUGUUAGAAUCGUGGCCCUGCUAGCUUCAGUAUUCAGUUGGGAUAAUUGACAACCCGUGGUUAGGCUGUUCUUUAGCUCUCAAUUUACAAUUUCCUCUCUCAAGUAAAUUACUAUCCUGAUGGGUAAAUGGGGAAGCUGCUUUUACAAGUGACUACUUGACUGCUUACUACACAUCCUAGGAGAAUAGCCAGUGUGGGAAUUGUAAGUAUCACGAUUACCAAUGGACGAGUCUCGCAUAGCCUUGACACUAUUUCUGCUUAGAAGCUCUGCUCUUUGUACUCUGAACUCAUAUUCCAAUAGAUAUUUUUGGUUGCUGUAGCAGAUGCAUUCUCCUCUUUAGAAUCUAACAUUGUAAAGGAGAAAAUUGUGGGACACUUGCUAUAUGAUUAAGAAUAGCCUCUUUGGCCAUUGAUUUUCUGA